AUGGUUAGUGGGUCUCGAUCCUGCAGAGUCAGAUCGUCUUCGCCCAGGCGGGAUGUCAAACUGACUAGAGCGGGCACGCUCACGAGCAAUCCUCCAACGGCCAAACAUAACCGGAAGCGUCAACCAGCAACUACCAACGUCCCGAGCAAACGUCCAACCAGCCAAACCUCCAACCAAGCAAACGUCCAACCAGCAAACCUCCAACCGAGCAAUCCUCCAACCAAGCAAACGUCCAACCAGCAAAUGUCCAACCAGCAAUCCUCCAACCGAGCAAACCUCCAACCGAGCGAACAUCCAACCGAGCAAACCUCCAACAACCUCAACCAGCAAACGUCAACCAGCAACCUCCAAGCGAGCAACGUCCAACCAGCAAACCUCAGGCAAUCUCCAGCAGUCCAAAGCAAACGUCCAACCAGCAAACCUCCAACAAGCAAACGUCCAACCAGCAAACGUCCAACCGAGCAAACCUCCAACCAGCAAACGUCCAACCAGCAAACGUCCAACCAGCAAACGUCCAACCAGCAACGUCCAACCGAGCAAACCUCCAAAGCAACCUCCAACCAGCAAACGUCCAACCAGCAAACGUCCAACCAGCAAACGUCCAACCAGCAAAGCGUCCAACCAGCAAACGUCCAACCAGCAAACAUCCAACCAGCAAACGUCCAACCAGCAAACGUCCAACCGAGCAAACCUCCAACCAGCAAACUGGGAACAGUGGGAACAGUGGGAACACCGGGUUCCUCUGGUCCCAGCUGCUCAGAGAUCAGCGCCGCAGCUUCCUGGUCAGAGCAGAAGCUGCAGUUGGUUUGUACCGAGCCUCAGUUCCUGGGUCCGCCUCCAGUCUGA